AUGCGUGAGCUCUUUCUACGCGUAUUUUCAGGAGUGCAUUGUGAUGUGACUUUUCAUUUUGAAAACAUGUGCUCAUACUCCGUAUGGCGUGGCUCCAACCCAAGCAUUGGAGACGAGGAACCAGAGCUAGGCCCAUUAGUGUAUGAGAUAUUCAACAUGGAUGAUCAUUAUAGUGGGUCAAUUUGGGUCCGAACUGGAUGCUCAACAAAUGGAUCAAAUUACUUUUCGUGUGAAACUGGUGAUUGUGGGAAUGGGAUAAUGGAGUGUGCAGGCCUAAAGCCCAGUUACCCAGUAACUCUUCUGAAUUUUAAUGUUAAUGUAUCUGUGGUUUCCUAUGAAGUAAGCUUGGUUCAUGGGCAAAAUGUGUUUGUUCGUAUAAAACCCAAUGGUGGAACUUUGGUGGAUGGGUCAGGACCAUGUCCUAUGGUAGAUUGCAAUAAAGAUAUUGGAAAUGUGUGCCCUCCAUCUUUGAUAUCGAAGAACAAGGGUGGAUUGUAUGUGGGGUGCAACAGUGCUUGUGAUGUGUUGAAGGAUCCAAAAUAUUGUUGUAAUGGCGAUGGUUGCCAACCUGAUGAGAUCUCACAAAAGUACAAGCAACUUUGUCCAUUGGCCCACACCUACCCAGGUGACCAUACGCCUCCAGUUUAUCGAUGUAAAGGGGCUGAUAGUUAUGAUGUAACAUUUUGUCCUCCCUUAUAG